AACCGCCCGUGAGAUCCAGCAGCAGACAGUUGUAGUUUGUAAAUGGAGGAUUCAUGUUUUGUUCCCAUUGGAUCGCAGCAUCUGACCUGAUGUGUGUGUGUGAUUCCUGCAGCAGUGACGGGGACGGACAGUGAAGAGAGGAGGGACGCGCAUCGACAGGCUCAAGUGUGAGGAAGCUUUCAGUCCGACACACACUUCGCACAGACUGGGAGCGACUUGACUGAGAUAUGGGUUGUAGGCUUCCUAAAUUGCGGAAGGCAGAGGAGAGGCGAAGCCCCGGCAAUAUCUACUCCACUCUUCGAAGGCCUCAGGUGGAGACUAAAGUGGGCGUGGCCUACACCUACCACUUCCUGGAUUUCCUGUUGGGAAAAGAAGAGGUGCCGGUGUCAUCCGUGCUUUGUCUCUCCUCUGUCAGAGAGCUACCAGUUCAGGUCAGGGAGCUCUACGCACAGGGUUUUGUCCUGGUCGCCGUCCACCCCUUUGUCCAUCCUUGCGGUCCUCGUCAUGCACACAUCCAGCGGCAGCUGCACCGGGCCGUGCUGGUCCGAGAGAUGCCAAGUUCUGAGAAAAGCCAACUGAGGUGGGCAAGACACCGUCUGGAGACAGAUGUGUGUGUGGCAGGUCACCAGGCUGCUGACCCAGAAGUGAUCCAGAGCUACGUCAAGAGGAUCCAGGAUGUAGCAGAGCAAGGGGUGAUGUUUGUGGGCUUUCUACAGCAGCCAGGUGGAGGUCCCAGUUAUCUGGGGCAUUGGGACCCUGAAGAGCUGUCCUCCUUACAUUCAAGCCCUUCGCCCAUACGUCGACACCCCUUCAGCGCCAACACCAGCCCGACAGAUCCCACAGAGCCACGUCAUAAUGACACAGAGCCUGACCAUCGCCACUUUGAACUUGACGAGUUAGAUCAUGAAAGUGUAGAACGAAACACACAUGAGCACAAGACAAGAGAACCGGAUUUCAGUCCUCGGAAACCCAUCCAAAGUUUAGAGUUUAACCAAGAUGAGUCCAGUGAGCACAUCCAGAACCUACAGGUGAGCCUUAAAGAGUCACUAGAAUCAGCGAACCAGCCUCAACAUCACAGGAAACCCAGUUCAGACACAGUUCAUUGGGGUCCGAAUCAAACCCCAGCAGAAGCCCAGGGGAACCAGGUGUGUCCCAGCCCUCCAGAACCUGCAGGUAUGAUCAGACACCAGAGGGGCCAUCUACCAGACCUCACAGAAUCCACAGAGAAACACUUUAACCUUUCCAACCAGAGAGAGAGACAAAGUUCAAGCUCUGAGAGCUGGCCCAGCUCUCCAGAACUGGAUCGAGACCAUGAAAGAAAGUCCAGCUCUGCCUGCACAGAUGGGCAAAGCAGAGUGACGACACACAACAACAACCAUAUACGACUCAAGGGUUCUGAGAAAGACAAGAAUGCAACUUCACCACCAGCGCAGGGUAGGAUGCAGCUGUUUGCCUUGUACAACCACACAGGGGAGAUGAACACCUCUCUGAGGUUCUACUCACUCAGGGUGCCACUGCAAGUACAAAAGGAAGCAGGGCUAAUCACAGAGGUUGACACACACUGGCUCGACCACAUGACUCAGCAUUUCACCAGCGGUGCGCACCUCAUUGACGGGUUUUUCCACCUUGGGGAUGAUAAUGACAAUGGGGUUUCAUCUGUGGAUAGUGUGUUCAUCUUCCAGAGCUCAUCAGAAGAGACCACGAGCACCUCCUACGAUGCUAUCGUGGUUGAGCAGUGGACCGUUGUUGAUGGUGUUGUGGUGAAGACGGACUACAUCCCCUUGCUCCAGUCUCUGGCUCCGUAUGGAUGGAGGCUGAUGUGUGUGUUACCCACACCAAUUGUCAAGACCAACAGUGAUGGGAGUUUGUCGACCAAGCAGAUCCUCUUCCUUCAGAGACCCAUUUUGCAGCGCAAGAGAAAAGACUUCAAGAUGCUGAACCUCAGGGGUCGCAGCAAGGCGAAGAAAAAAUCUACUGAGGAGACAGAAGAGGAGCGAGAGAACAGGUCCCCUCUGAUGGAGACGGAGAUGGACAGGUUGAGAGAAGACACAAAAGAGGAGGAAGAGGAGGCAGAGGGGAGGAAGAGCAGGGACAGCGGAAGGAGCGAAGGUGAAGAGGAGAGGGAAGAGGAUGCACGGCAUCAAAGGGGCUUCUACUUCUUAUCAGGGAGCAGGGCGUCUGUGGGGGAACAGGAAGAGGAAACCGACGUUGACAAGAUCCCUCUGUCCGAGCAGGAGGAGUCGGUGCGAUGGACAGAUGUGUGUCAGAGAGAUGACGGAGGGGUCAAGGAGAAGAUGAAGACAGAGGAGCGGAUCAAACAGCAGCUGUUUUCCGGCGUCUGUUGACACAUUGGGCACAAAGCAGGCGAGGGGGAGCUGAGGCCUUUUGAAUUACGUUUUGUUGAUCUGGAGUUUUAGUUCCUCUGGCAACCCAAGUGUAGUCAGUCAUACUGUUGUCAUCAUGGACUGAAACCUUCGCUUCAGUCUGCUGAGAGCAUUAACACUGUCGCCAGUCUUUGAGGUUGUAGCUCCCAUAUAUGGGAAAGUGUUGUGCAGUUCUCUGCUUUGGGUCAGUGUUGCUAUUUGAUGUAUCCUUAUAUGAAAUGAAACUGUACAAGGCUAAUAGAGUACAACCUAGAGCAAGCCUCCAGUCCGAGCCUUACAGUGAGUGUUAUUUUCAUUGUUGUAUUUUACUACUUUCUUGUAAUUGUUUAAAAGGGAGUACUGAUUUCUCUGGGCUACCUGUAUUUUUAUAUGUAAAGUAUAUAAUUUAAGAUAGAAACAAUAGGGAGAAUAAGUGACACAGUAAGUAGUGAGCUGCAUUAGAGCCUGACCGAUACAUCUGCAUCAGCCACUUUUAGCUUAUCGCACAUAUUAUUUAUGGUUUUGGCUUGAAUGAUUAACUAAAAAAUUGCGUUACAGGAAAGCCAAAGACUUUUAGAGAGAAAUAUUCUUGUUACAUACUGUAGUUUCUUCACAAGGGAUUUUUUAAAAUUCUAAAAUAUUACAUCCAGUGCAGUAAAUUUAAAAGAUUCUUAUCAAAAAUGUUUGGUAGAAAAAUUAAUAUCCGAUCCGAAAUUCUCCGUUGGUAUCGGCCAGGCUCUACAUCGCACUGAGAUAUUAGAUAGUUCAUUUUAUUGGGGCCAAACAUUAAAGGGUCAGUUCAUGUAAAUUACAAACAAAAAAACUAUUCUGCCACUGGUUGAAUUUAGAUGGUUUUGGUUUUCUUUAGCCAGGUUUUGAGAUAUCCAUCUCUCUGAUUUCUUCACCUCAGUACAAUGCAUUGAGAUAUAAGGGAAAAGGACAGUUAGAAAAGGAUGCUGCUCAAGCUGUUUGCAGCCAAUUCUUGUAUUAAUUCUUGAAAUCCUCUGCGGUUAUUUUAAUUUCAGCGGACGCGCUGCUGUGCGUUUCUAUUUUUGAUGGAGCUGCAGCGUGUUGCACAGAGCAGAUGGAGUUUUCCUGCUAACAGGCUCUGCAUGAGAAAUAUAAAUACUUUUUUUAAUAACUUAAACACAGCCAGACACCUUUGAUCCAUGUCAUUUGUUACUGGACUUUGAAGUUUGAACAGUAUUAAUUUUGUCUGUAGGCGAUAGCACAACAAAGUAGUAAAUAAUGACAAUACGCACAAUUAAAAUAGACAAAAAAAUAAAUACACAUUUGACUACAUAGCCCACGUAUUUAAGGUAGAAGCACAAAUGUCAAGGAAAAAUGACCAAAUCAACAAAAUCAAAAACCAGGCAGACAAAACGCUCUGCAUCCGAAAUGCUCCUGAUGUGGUGUGGCACAGUGCGGAGGUCGAAAUAAAAUCUUGGUGCAGCUGCCCCCAGUGGAAAUGUAUUGUAAAAAUAACAAUUAGUGAAAUUAAUCUGCAGAUGCUCCAGUUCAAAAUGAGCCCAAACUUUUGUAUGGAUAUCAGUUUUGAGCUGUGCAAAUGAAGAGUGAGUCAGCAGUCAAAGACAGUAUUAAACAGAUUUUUUUAACAGUUGUAAAUCACAGCAACCACGAGAUGUCAUUGACCAUACAGUCAUAAAUGUGCACACAAGAUAUUAGGCUGAUUGGUCCAAUAGUUUGACGGAUAUGCUGUGAACAGAUAGAUACACACACUCACACACAACCAAAUGCAUGUCGUACGUUGUAAGUUUCCGCAGGACAAAUAAAUGAUUGAUUGAAAGACAGGAUUUUGUUUGUGGUGCUCAUUAUGUACAUAAAAUAAAGCAUGACAGUUUCUUGGGAACCAUUUCUUCAGUAGAAAUCAGUUCCUUGUUGAGAAACAGGGAUGUUGCGAUUUAACUUUUUUAAAUGCAUAUUUUCAUUGCUGGGACGAUCACAAGUUGCCUCCAUUGUAAUGAGGUGAUUGCAAAAAUGUCAGACGGAUAUCUCAAAUUCAAAUGUCUGCUUGAUUAGAUACGAGAGGCAAGGUGAAAUGCUUUUUGUAAUUUGGGAGAACUGACCUUCAAAAGGUUUCUUCUUUGAAAAAAUGUCUAAAUUAUAAAUUAACUAUUUAUUAUUUCCCGGACCACCUGUGUCUUGUCUAAGUAGUGUGACAUGUGAGUCUUUAUAUAAAAGCAGAAGUCAAUAAAGUGUCUAAAAACAGAUCGACUCAAUUUGCUUUAUUUCCUCAUUUUACCAGCAUAAACUCAUUUCCUCAUAUGAGGAAAAAAAACACACGCAAGAACAACUCGAAAAUGAGUCUCAACAGCGUAACCCCCGCUGGGAGUCGACGACAAGAAGCUCCCAACCAUCUCCGUGGGAUGUUCAGUGAUCCAAGCCAAUCAGAGACCACCCGGAGGUUCCAUUACAGUGCACCGUGGGAUACUCGCUCCACCCCGGGAUGGGAAUCGUUUAUGGGCAUGUGAAUGUGUGUGAUUGAGUAAAAGUGUAUGUGAGAUCGGCACUGUGUAGGCAUGUAACUGUGUGAGUAUAACAGGCAGGGACACUGGCCAGUAUGUGGGAGAGUGUUAGCUUUUUUCCAUCUAUAAAUACACUCGGUGUGAAGUUUCGAUGUGAGUAAAAUGUGGAAAAACAAUCACUCCAAUGUAUCUCAGUCAAACAACUCUAAAAUCUGCAGUUCUGCAAAUAACUACCUGAGGUAUAUAUAUAUACACAUGGCAUAACACUUCUUAGAUCACAUAGUAAAAUUAGCAGAGGUAUUUAACACAAGUUUGUGCAGUGUAAAAUAACAGUACAGAUUGCCAUAUCCUUGGGACUUGAAAGCAAUAGACCUUCAGGGAAUUGUGUCACUUUCUUGCUGAGCAUUCCAUAAGAUGAUCAACACCACUUCCUUCCACUGAAUAUUAAAGAUAU